AUGGAGGAGAAAAAAAGACGAACGAAAAGAAUCGUGGCCGCGGAGGAGAUGAAGGCUACGCGAGAGGAUCGGGUGUUGCGAAAGUUCGAGGGCGUGAAGAACAGGUGGGACAGACAGAGACAGUUGAUAAAGGAACGGACGAAAAAGUGUGGAGAAACCCUAGCCGACCAGGGGGAGAAAUAUCGGGAACGGAACGAAUUGAACACUCUCAUUGAGCAUCUCAAUAAAGAGGAGAAAAAAAAAGUGAACUGGACGGAGAACUUACGAGCCGAAAGCGCAAGCAUUAGAUUUAAAGAGGCCGUGAAAAAGGGGAAUCCUGAAGGGGGCCUUUGCAAAGGAAAUAGGGAUAUAUUCGAAAAGGUAUUUGAUGGAGGAACAAUUAAAUAUGGAACCCCGACGGAGAAGGAUCUCCCUGUUUAUGGAAAACCGAAGGAACGAGAGAAUUCCACAGUUGAGGAGAAAAACGAUUCCUACUUCACGAAUAGAGAUGUCAAGAAGAAACUCUACCAGGGGGAGAUAAUCAACAAAAUUAAGAACAACCUCGAGUUCGUUUUGAAAAAUUUUGCCAUUCCAUUGGACAGUGCCUUCGUUGUGCAGGGGAAGAGGGUCGACGUUGGUGAUAUGACAACUGCCGAUGAGGUGACAGAGGAGGAACUCCCCACUGCAUGUAACAUAGAGGACACUACCCUCUCCCUCCAUUCCAUACAUGACUGUAAGGAAACCCUCCCUUCGAAUGAGCAGCCUCUACGAACGAGCCAAUGUGUGAUUAAAAUACGGAACCGAGGAAAGAAAGUUAUCACCAGCUCAAUUGAGCUUCAGAACACAUCUUCCGGAAUAGUUGUCUUUACCAUUUCAUAUAAGAAAAAACUAAAACUCGAAAAUGAAAUAUUAAGACAGAAGGAUUAUCUCUUCUUCGAUGAUCAGAAGAACUACACGCUGAUCAUUUCUCCGAAUGUAGGUUACCUAAAGCCGGGGGAGAAGAAGUUCAUAAGCUUCACUUUCUUUUUUCACUACUUGGUGAAUACCUUUGGGGCCCUCACCAUUAGGUACUUGUGUAACGAGCAGGUUUUCCAGAAAGACAUUUCGGUGCAGGUGGAUUCUUUUCUUGAGAAGGAAGCGACCUCACUGUGGAGGAAUGUUUCAUCAGGAGGUUGGUCCCUUACUGACAACCUUGUCCACACGGAAAACGGACAAGAAGGGGCAUCCCUAAAGAAUCGUCUGAAGAGCUUCUUUUUUUACAUCAAGGGAAAAGCCUUCUCAUCAGCUAGGCAUUUUAGUAACCAUGGAAGUGAACUUACACUUGAGAUGAUGGUGCAUUCUAAGAAGGAUAGUCGCGUGAAAGUUUCACACCCCUCAAGAAUAUUCACUUCAGAGGGAAGUUCAUCCAAUGGAGAGGAAAAUAUAGAUGAAAAUCACACGAUCAAUUCUCUAUGUAGGGAUACCUCCACAAAAAAAAACAUGAGUGGCCCAUUUCACGAAUCAGUUAAACAGUACGUAAUAACAUUGGUAAAGUCGCACCUUAGCGUGCACGGAGGAAAUGAAGAGGAGGAAAUCCCUUUGAGUGCACAUAACAACAUUUCUACGCUCACACAUCCAAAUGAACACCACUCCAAUCAUACAUCCAAACGAGGAAAGGAAUCUUCAAAAGGAGUUAACGGUGGAGUAUCACCUCCCAAUAUAUAUCAGGAACAUAUGGCAUUGGUGAAGGACACUUUUUUUAAAAACCUUUUCAGAGAACUCUCCAAUGCAUUGAAUAGGAGCUACUUCUCUACUCUCCUACAGAUGGCUCUUGAGCAAGCUAUACUGACCAGAUCUCACUCCUUCUACCUGCGUCGUUAUUUCGACAUCAUUGAGUUCGUCCGAAUGACUAUGCUGAUGGAAGAGAAGGUGUCGGAUGGCAUCCCAACAGACGAAGAAACUAUUUUUGUUCAAACGAAUGCUCAUCUGAUGUGUUACAUAGUUCAGUUUAUUCGCGACCUGUACAUAUCGAAGCAGGAGAAUGACCAAGUCAAUAACAUCAAGGAUGUUAUUUUUUAUUUUCUCUCUUCUGCCUUUCUGUGUAUACGUCAGGGUGUUAGAAAUGUAAUUCUGUUUGUAGAUGCCAACAUAGGGGAAAGUACUUCCUUAAGGGGGGAGGUAUACGGAGGAGAGGGAGAAGGCAUUUCCCCCUGGGGAAACUUUUUCAACGCGCUGUUCCACUCCUUCAUUUUUUCCUACGUGAGGGAGUUUCUCUUUGCGCAAGGCAAGACACACUACGCUUUGCAUUUCGUUCGGGGGGAGUCAGGCGUCUCGCAGGUAUGUGAAGCCAUUCUCGGUCAGCAUGGCAAUGUCAAGGAGGAUAGUAGUGACUGUGUGCCUACUCAAGAUGCUCAUGACGAUGCCACCUACAAAAUUGACGAUGCAGAUGGAAAAACACCCCCGGAGACACACCUGGAGGAAAACUUCUUCAAAAAUUUUAAGGUUGAUGAGGAUUACGCGAAUUGUUUUUUUGGCGACAGUGGGGGGGAGGGACUACCCCAAGGAGGAGGGGAUAAAAAGGGGAUCAUUGCUUUUGUCGCGGACAAGAAGGUGUUUGCGCGUGCGGUGUAUAAGUGGCACUACGAUAGGUUACUGGGGAGGGUGGCGAGUCGAUUGGCGAGUCGAUUGGCAAGUCGAUUGGCAAGUGCGCAGGUGACUCAGCCGGAUGACCCAGGUACAGUUUUCCCCACCACGGAUAUACCCACCAGUGAUGUGUUGACUGAUGGUGCCCCUCCCCCUGGUGAGGCGCCCGCACUCAUAAAGAAAAAAACUGCUACGGAGAAGAUGAAGAAAAAAAAAAAUGCCAAGGGGGAAAAAGGUACACUAUGUCAAGGAAGUAUACCCCAUAAGGGACGAUUCUCCGCGGAAGAAACAAUGGACCAAAACAAUGCCAAUACUGAUGAGCCAACGGAAGGCAAACAACAACACUUCUGCACGAACUAUCACCUCGAGAUGUUAUUCCAAAUUUUUGGAGCUCGAAGGUAUAUUAUAGAUGACCACAUCGAAGCAGACAGAAAAAAAAAGUGCAUGCAGUCUAUGCGCGUGCCGCAGGGUAUAGAAAUAGAGGUAGGGAUGGUGGCCGCGAAAAUAGUUAACAUCCUGCCCUUCGUGUUCAAUAUCAUAUCUGUGAAUCAAUUGGAUAAACUGUACCGACAAGAAAGACACACCAACUAUUUUUUGUAUGAUUAUUUUGUAUGGAGGAACCGAGAUCGCCUGUUAGAGGCAAUGCGAAAGUUGGUGCACUACGUGGACGAACAGCGUGAUAUCUCCGACAAAAAUAACUUAUUUAGGAAAAUCCCUCUCCCAUGCGAUUAUAACGUGGGUCCAUUGAAAGAGAAGAAGAAGAGGAACUCAACUACCAUACGACAGGAUGACACAUUUAUUGUGGAAGAGAAUGACACCUCCCCCAGAGAAGCACCUCCUAAAUACCUAUGGAUCAUAUCCCCGAAUACAGAGAACGACCUACUGGAUAUGUCAAACUUCAUCAACAUGGUAGAGUGGUUGAAGAUUCUAAAUUUAGCUAUUUGUAUGAAGGUGUCUGAUGUGUACAUAUGUGGGCAGUUUUUUUUUUUGUUUUUAUUUUUCAUGUGUAAUUCGGGUUCCUUGCCUGGGCGGUGGUGCAAAGGAGGGGGAAAACAUAUCAACCAGACCUACCUCCGAAUAUAUGGAGAAAAUCCUACCAGGAUGUGUCCCUCUAAUAGAAUCGCACAUGAACGGAAUCACCACGAUUCCCACCUUGUCCAAGUGGUUUUUUUCGACGUGAGGCACUUCCCAGAACCCCUCCUCCUCAUGCUCAAAGUCAAUCUAUUUAACAUUCUACAACUAUGUGAUAGGUACCAAAUCAGGUUGCACUUCCCCCAUGACAUGUUCCUACACCUGAGUGAAUCCACCCCCCGGAGCAACACCUCCACAAGCCCCCUUCUCCUCUCCGUGUCGUAUUGCCGAUUUCCACACAAAAAUUACAGUCAAAUGAUACAGUCCAGUAGGAGGAAGUUCCUUCGCACGUAUGGACACCGAUUGGCGAAUCUGCAAAUCGUCACCAGUGAGAUAUUCAAGGGGGGAGAGAAACAUUGCCAGGGCCAAAUGGAAACUACUAACACGGGCGAACAGAACGCCAAUAACCAUCAUCAGGAUGAUGACCAUCAAGAUGACGAUCAUCAGGAUGACGACCAUCAGGAUGACGACGUCGAAGUAGUAACCAUUCCUGUGGACCCACCACCAACAGAACAAACCGCUUCACCUCCCAAACGAGUUCGAAUCUGCUCCCACGAUGUCGGACACCAAACUUUAAAUAACAUUUUGAAAGAAUUGCUGAGAGCAGAUAAGAUACUUUGGUUGUGUGGGGCUUUCGAGAGGAACUCAGCACAAGGAUCCCACCCCCCCUACAGCAGUUUGGAGGUGUUCGACUGCCUCGUAGAUGCGCACAAAAUGAGAUCAGGGGAAGAGACAAAAAAGCAUCAUCAGCAGAACCACACAAAUCAAUCAAAGGAAGACGAGUUCCAAUUCAACCCUCUCGACAAUCAAGGAGUUGUAUACGUGAACAACCUCAUCGUGUUCAAUGAGGAAGUGUACUCCCUGUACCAUCGCCAACCGCGGAAGGACAUUAACAUUCCCUUUUUGUUCCGCAACCACAAAAUACUGGUGCAUCUCUUCGACCGAACCUUUCUCCCGUCGGGGUUUUUCUCUCCGUUCUAG